UCGCCCAGCAUCUCCUCCCGAGGAGCAGUCCAGAGAGGAGGAGAGGAAAGGAAACGCGCUGAAAAUGUCUUUGGGGUCCUCCGCGUUUUCUCUCCUGCGAUGAAGCAGAGGCUGUGGGACUGGGCGGACGCCGUCAUAUGGGCCUUCAUUCUCACAGACAUGCGGGGUCUUUUUCGCCGGUGCUGUUAACGCAGGAAAAAAGCUAAAAAAAUAACUGUUAGAAAACACAGAAGAUGAAGAAGCAAUUCAAUCGAAUGCGACAGCUCGCCAACCAGACCGUUGGCAGGGCAGAAAAAACAGAAGUACUAAGCGAGGACCUACUACAGGUGGAGAAGCGUCUGGACCUGGUCAAGCAGGUCUCCCAUAGCACACAUAAGAAACUCACCGCCUGCCUGCAGGGACAGCAAGGGGCUGACGUGGACAAGAGAUCGGUCAAGUCACCUUCGAAAAAGUUGCCAUUGACCACACUGGCCCAGUGUAUGGUGGAAGGAGCUGCAGUACUAGGAGACGACUCUUUACUUGGCAAGAUGUUGAAGCUGUGUGGGGAGACGGAAGAGAAGCUGGCCCAGGAGCUGAUUCUCUUUGAGUUCCAGAUUGAGAGAGAUGUGGUGGAGCCUCUAUACGUCCUGGCUGAGGUGGACAUUCCCAACAUACAGAAACAGAGGAAACAUCUAGCAAAGCUUGUUCUGGACAUGGAUUCAGCACGUACAAGGUGGCAGCAAUCAUCCAAGUCCUCCAGUCACCCCAGCAACCUGCAACCGAGCGGGGCCAAAGCAGAUGCCCUCAGAGAGGAGAUGGAAGAAACAGCCAAUCGGAUGGAAAUCUGCAGGGACCAGUUAUCAGCAGACAUGUAUAAUUUUGUGGCCAAAGAAAUAGACUAUGCAAAUUACUUUCAGACGCUUAUAGAGGUUCAGGCGGAGUAUCACAGGAAAUCUCUGGAGAUUCUGCAGAGUGUGCUGCCUCAGAUCAAAGCGCACCAGGAGGCCUGGAUAGAGAAACCGUCCUAUGGCAAGCCGUUAGAGGAGCACCUGACCCUCAGUGGCAGAGAGAUAGCCUUCCCCAUUGAGGCCUGCGUCACCAUGCUGCUGGAGUGUGGCAUGCAAGAGGAGGGUUUGUUCCGAGUGGCCCCCUCCGCCUCCAAACUGAAGAAGUUAAAGGCAUCGCUAGACUGUGGGGUGGUGGAUGUGCAAGAGUACUCUGCGGAUCCUCACGCUAUAGCAGGGGCUCUGAAGUCAUAUCUCCGUGAACUCCCUGAGCCUCUGAUGAUGUCUGAGCUCUACGAAGAGUGGAUUCAGGCCUCAAAUAUUCAAGAUAUGGACAAGAGGCUCCAAGCCCUGCUGGCUGCAUGUGAGAAACUUCCACCGGACAAUUUAAACAAUUUCAGAUACUUAAUUAAAUUCCUAGCCAAGCUGACCGAGUACCAGGACUCCAACAAAAUGACUCCUGGAAACAUUGCAAUAGUACUGGGACCUAAUCUGCUGUGGUCACAUUCUGAAGCGAACAUGACAGAAAUGAUGACCACUGUGUCCCUACAAAUCGUCGGAAUCAUUGAGCCUAUCAUACAGCACGCUGACUGGUUCUUCCCAGGAGAUAUUGAGUUCAACCUGACAGGCAGCUACGGCAGCCCCAUGCACACCAACCACAACUCCAACUACAGCUCCAUGCCCUCUCCAGACAUGGACCAAUCAGAGCGCAAGCAGCCACACGACCAGAGCCGACGCCCCCUCAGCGUUGCCACUGACAACAUGAUGCUGGAGUUUUACAAAAAGGAUGGCAUUAGGAAAAUUCAAAGUAUGGGGGUCAGGGUAAUGGAUACGUCUUGGGUGAAAGGGAAAAGUGCGUCCACUCUGGCCCGGAAAGCCUCGUCCACCCCACCCAGUGCUCAGCCACCAGGAUCGCCUGCCGACACGCUCAUCUGUGAGCAGACAGGGGAGCUGGCCACCUCGCCUAUCCCCACCCCUCCUCCAGCAGACAGGGCCGGCUCGGACGAGGUGUCGCCCCACCGGCCGGACCCCUCUCAUGCCUAUGCGCCCCACGGGGAGGAGCGGCCGCCCCCUCCUUACCCUUCCGCCUGUUCCACUUCAUCCACCUCCCAUGGCCCCCACCACUUCUACCCCAAACCCCCUCCCUGCGCACGCCCUGUGGCCCCAGGUCCCGAGUCCCAGCCCCCUGACUCCCCCCCCUUACGUUGGUCCGGCUUUGGCCCCCCUGCUCAGCCCCAGCCCCAGCCCCAGCUGCCCCCGCCCUCCUCAUCUUCCUCUUCCUCCUCUUCCUCCCUCGACAUCAACUCCAACCCAAAGCCCAGCUGUCUGCACUUCCCCAAACACGGCCCCGUGUGCGACCUGCCGCAUGCUGCCCCGCUUGAUGCGAACGCCUCCCCCCUUUAUGUUAAAACGCCCCUGGUGCUGACCCGCCACGAGGUGGCACUCGGAAACCCCCCUAGCCUCCCCUCCUCUGGCCCCCCUCCGUGGGCCGCCUGCCCAUGUGCCCGUGAGCGAGGACCCCCCAGGCUGACUAGCACUCUGAAGAGUAAGGAGCUCUCGCCUGUGAUCGGCCAUAAGGCUGUGCAGGUGACAGGACCGACAGUGCCCCCUGUUGGAGGCCAGCAGAGCAACAGCCAGUCGCCCCACUCGGCUGAGCACAGCCCCCACACAUUGCGCAAAGCAUCGAAGAAGCUGGCCCCUGUGCCACCCAAGGUUCCGUAUGGCCAGUCAGGGGGGAUGUCAGACCAGUCCACAGGUCAGCCGUCGCCGGUCAGCCUGUCCCCCACUCCCCCGAGUACCCCCUCCCCGUAUGGCCUGGGCUGCCCCCCGGGGCAUGCACCUGCCUCCUCCCCUGGGCAGGCCCCACUUGGGGCGCCCCACUCCCUGUCCUCUCCCCCGUCUCUGACCGGUACACUCACCAAGUCGCGGCCCACCCCCAAGCCCCGGCAGAGACCCAGUCUGCCUCCUCCGCAGCCGCCCACUGUCCCCCCCACCGCCCCCCAGCCCAUGGAGCAGGGCCUGCUGGACGGAUUGUCCCCCGGGGAGAGCAUGUCCACAGCAGAUCUCUUCAGUUUGGAAAUCCCCUCCAUCAAUGUCAAUCUGGACAGCCUGCUGGACGAGUUCAGGGUGGGCGCGCCCUGCCGGAGCUCCAUGGCCGUGGCUGACCACUCUCCAGAGAGGGAGCCCUUGACCGAGGAGGAGUCCCAGAGCACCACGCUAUAACCCCUGAGCCCAGCCAGCAGCACCCCAGCCCUGCCUUGCCAAGCCCUGCCAAGCCCCGCCCACCUUCUGCUGAGGCCCUGCCCAAGCACAAGGCCUCCACCAGCCCCUCCUCCCUGCUUCCUCACCCCUCCAUUGGAAAUGGACCCCACCCUCUCCCCUACAAAACGCUCACACCUGCUCCAACCUUCUCACUGAUAAGUAGAUAGAAUAUGUGAUACCAUCUACACAACUCACAACUUGUGCCAUAGCAGAAGCGGUGGAUGGUGGACUUCGGGAAUGUUGAGUUUAUUGUGUAUUGUGGACAUUGUGCCACGCUUGUUUUCUCUCUGAUCGAUUCUGCUUUUUUCUUUCUGCCUUAUAAUCGGAGCCUGAAGUUAAAUUGCAAUACAGUGGGACACAGGAGGGGUGUUUGCUGAUUCUAAAGGAACCUCAUAUUAUUCUUUUUGCUGGAAAGCAUGAGACCAUAGUGCCCCCUCCUGGCGUGAGAGGGUAGUACUUGCUCAUAUUCUUUACAGGGUCCAAGGAGGUAGACUGGUUUCAUUUCUUGUAGAUGAACUGAAGACUAAAGCAUGCAAACUUUGUUUAAGUCUAGUUUUACAAUGCUGAGGCCUCAUUUGACUCUUUUACUCGCUCUCUCUAUGUCUAUCUCUAUCUAGCGAUCUCUCUGUCUUUCUGACAUGCACGCAGGCCUAUACAUACCACUGCUUUGGCAUAGACAAUACCACUCAAUUUCUGAUGAAAUGGGCACUCAUCCAGUCUAGCACAUUCUGAAAAUGUUUUUGAACGGUUUGUAACGCACCAGAAAAACAAUGAGAUAAGAGCUCAUGGUAGAUAUUUGUCUCACUCUCCUAAAAUGCACCAUGAAGGUCAGUGGUACGUAUUCCUUUUACCGUUCACUCCUCCAGUGGCAGCUGCAGUUCUGCUGGUAAAGAGAGGUCAGACAAUUAAAUACAUAAUUUGUGCCUCCCAUUCAGACUUCAUGUAUCAGGAUAUAAAGAGUAAUGACAGGUUCCGCUCCUGUGUAAAUACGAAGACUGUACAUAAAGAUCUGUAGAUAUGUGUUCAUGAGAGGACAAAUGUAAAGGCAAAUAUGAAUUAUAUAUUCAUAUGUGUGACAUUGCCAUAUUUAUCUUGUAUAGAGAUAACGUUCUAUGAUAACUGAGUAUUAUUUUGUCCCUGAAUACUUGUUGCCAGAUUCACAGAGAGUGAGUGAGCUUUUGCACUUUUGUAAGCCAUGAACACUAACUUUAAUAAUAUGAAUGCGGAAUAUGUCAAAAAGGCCCAGCAGAGUUUCACCCUAUAGAGAAAUCAGAAUCUUUUGCAGGUCUCAUACAGCCUUAAUUGAAAACAAUAAAAGUGACAUUCUGCACAAGUACAUUAUCAUUUCUCAUCAGAACAAUUCUGUAAAUGUCUGGCAAAAGCACUGCAAAUGAGCAGAGUAUUACAUACAUCGGGAAAACUGAAGUUCAGAUCGAUUUUUUGUGGAUAGCAAGUGUAUGCGGUGAAUUUUUACUGAUCUAUUAACAGCAGCUACUUAGCAGGUGAUAUACUUCAUAUAUGGCUACAAACCACUUGACCCACUUCCAAACUCUGAUCAUGCUAAGGUAUUUAAAGUUGGAGCAGGGAACUGUGUAAAAAAUACCAGAAGGCGGAGCUUGUGCUUUGUAGCCAUGUAUAGUGAAUAUAGUAAAUGUGUUGGUCACCAAAGCUGUUUUCUUGCCUUUAUUCUCCUCUUUCUGUUUGGCUAAUACCACCAGACUUUAUUGUUUUCUUGUAUUACUUCCCCAUCAAUUGUAUAUUUUAUAAGUCAGCAUCAGGGGUCAUUUAUCAAUACGAGCAGGCUUUAUUGUCUCACUGCCUUCUCUGUGACACUCUGGAUUAGGGCUGCACAAUAUGGAAAUUAAAGAAUACUAGCAUCUUGAUUAUAUUAUUACACAGUGCAAUUGACCUGCCAUAGUUACUGUUGCUAUGCCCAUCAAACUUUCAGCUCAGGCUACCUGGUAGCAUCCGUAUCACUUAACUUUACUUCAAUAAUACAUUCAUUUAGAAGCACACAGUGGAGCACAAUGGAAACAUUAUUCAUUCUAAAAAACAAUUAAGAACAUUUUACUUUACAAGAUGUUCAUUUCAGACAUGCAUGUUUGGACAUGACAAAAUGAAUGUUGGCCUAUAUGAAAGGGAACAAAAUUGACUGCUAUCUACGUUCUCACUGCAGGUUUGUUUUAAGAAAUUCUAUGGAGUUUUUCUUUCUGUUGAUGGAAGAAAUUAGCAUUUAAAGGACUUGUGAUUCUGACUGAGACAUCAAAUCAGCUAUCAUGUGUAAAAUAUUGGUGAAUCAGUCAGUUUUAUACUAUACUGGCAAAUUUUAAAAUAUUUGUUGAUCACUGGUGAAUCAACAUUAUGACAUGAUUAAAGAUUGGCCAGCAUCAUUCUGACCCAAAUCCUUUAUUUGGAUUAAAGUGAAUAGCUUGACUGAUUCACAGAAGCACUCAUCUGGAACUAUUAUUGGUCAAUAUGCUUUCAGCACACAGUAAGAAACAUUUUGCUUGGACUCUUGGCUUAUCUGCAAGCCGUAAGCUUCUGUGAAAAUGGUAUUGCAAAGACCGUUUCGCACUGUAUUGUGCAGCCAUACUCUGGUUUAUUGUGUUGAAGCUAUGACCAGUAGAUGUUUGGGUGAUCAGGGUAGAUAUGGAAUCUGUUUGGUCAGUAAGACUCUGCUGUGUCAGAAUGGAAACAGGCAUGUCGAAAAUAGUGUCGGUGAAAGUGCAAUUACACUUUAUUCUGUUGUUAACCUCACUGGGAAGUGGCCCUAAGUGCACGCUACUUCUUUCCCAUCAUUAAGAGCCUAACUCUGAGAGGUUCCCAAACGUCAUGGCUUCUAUUAUUAUUCUCUCUUCUCCUUUAUUUGACUGAGCGUUAGUGUACUUCAGGGACAAGAGGACUUCUUUGCUGAAAUGUAUGGUAUGCCUCAGUGUGCAUUCUCAAUCUGUUCUAUUAUGAUGAUUAUUGGUGACUGAGUACUCUUUUUAAUAGUUGUAGUGAUUAUACAAUGAUAAUUGCAAGUGCCCUCACAAUAGAUAUUUAUGUCCUGAAGCUAAUGACGAGUUUUGUGUGUGUACUUGAGUUUUUUUUUGUUUGUUUUUUUUUUAGUUUUUUGUUUUUUUGGUCUGUGUUGGUUUCUUCAGUGUUCUAUGAAGAGGCACGUGUGCAUCUGAAAUAAAGAGUGGUGAUUGAAUGUGAUUGAACCUUUACUCUCACUCUGCACUGAGGUAAAGGCUUUGUCAAUACCUUAUAGGAGCUGCAAUAGACGCAUGAUUCAUUUACUUUAUUUAGGUGACACUUCUGUGGUUCAUUUGUUCCUGUUGCCAGUCACUUUGAAUGCUUGUGUAAAUGUUGAUUUAGGGAAGGGAUUUACAUGCGAUUGCAUAAGUCUGUCAGUCACUUCUGGGAUUAUUAUCAUACAGUCAGCGGCACGCCAUUCCGAGGCCAGAAAUUGCCCUGUGUACAGCUGCUGGAACUGCUACGGCUGCUGUGCCAGGCUAAAUCAAUCAAGGGCCAUGUUGAAGUGUAGUUAACAGUUAGCAGUAGUGUACAGUGACCAUUGCUACUUAGCAACCAGUGGUUGGUCAAAACAAUAUGCUGAUGACAACAUAAGUUUAACUCUUUUUAAUCAGAUUGUGUAGUAAAACAUCAGCAAGGGUUUUUUUUUUGUUUUUUUUGAUCAGCCAUUGGUUGCUAAGUAACAUUUGUUUUACCUUAAACUGCUGUUGACUACACUUAGAAGGAUUUGACAAGAAAAUGCCUAAAAUGUUUGCAAUCUGUCAAAUUCCAAAUAGGUUAUAUUCUGAAUCUGCUUUUUCCCCCCUAAGCUACACAAAGUAAGUUUAAGCAACACAUCACUUGGUGGUGGUACCUUGCUGGCUGAAGAAAUUGCCAGUAUUAAAACAUUUAAUGUUGGGGGGCUUCUUGCUUGACUUUGUUUACUUUGCAAAACUUUUAAGCAAUAGAGGAUUCAAGGUUGAGCAAUAUGUCUGUCACAAAAUCAUAUUCUAUUGCCUAGUUUUACCAGAGUGAAUCACACAGUCUGAUCUCAGCUAGUAUAUUGUUUUCUUUGUGAAGGAAGACAGAUCACUAGUGUGCACAUUUAACACAGAUACCUGUGGACAUUGUGGCCGUUGCUGGGUGCCAUUACUCUAGGACUUCCAGCAGUGCAUCCAAAGCAUCAGUUGCAGAUAUGCUACUGGGACAAGUGAUUUCCUUUGCUUGUUUAAUGAUUUCUCAUUUACAGCACUCACAUUUCACAAGUCCUUAGAGAGAUGUUCAAAGUGCAGCUCAAUUCAGUAACAUUGAGUUCUACUAAAUGAAAACAAAACUGACACAAGACAAAUGAACAAGACAGGCGUUGCAUAUGUAAUCAAACAUCACUUGUUUGGAGAUCAGAAAGCUGUCUGUUGACGUUGCCAUUUUUCUUUUGUUGUUGUCUUAAGAUCAGAGAGUGGAUGUGACAAUGCAAUGCAUGCACUUAGUCUCUUCUGAUAAUUCAUGAUUCUUGUCACUUUCUUUUAAGACUGCUAUAUGUUAUGAGUAAACUGGGGAGAGGGCCAAAAAUAUUAGGUAUGUGUGAAGAACUGGUCAAAAAAAAAAGUAAUGGGUUUACGUACAAGUGGCUCCAUUAAGUCCUUUUAUGUACAGCCUCUCCCCUGCAUUCAUAACUUAUGUACAAA